AUGCCGCUCAUUGAAUCCAAUUAUGAGGACUCUAGGCUUGCUACAUCGAAGUCUGCUCCUAACCAACUCAAUUCUGGAUCCUACUCUCGAUUGUUCGACUCAUAUGGUAUCAAUCCUAGAGGUCGAAGAGCUGGGAAAAAAGUCAAACAGCGAGAAACUCAUCAAAGAAACGCUAUCAAAACCAUCGUCACGCACCAUGAACAUGAAUCACCAUCUCGCUUUAGGGGAGUCAAUACAGAUAAUUUAAUCCAAAUCAAACCCCAAAAUGUGCCUGUGCGCAAGGAAAAGUUGCUGUCAAUGGCUGUAAUCAACUGCAGAUCAUUAAGCAAAAAUGGCUUCAAACUCAAGGACCAUAUAGUAGAAUAUGACUGCGACAUUGUAGCGGUGACUGAGUCAUGGCUUCCAUGUGAAGAUAUCUUAGCCAAUCACAUUACUGGUGAUGCAUGCCCAAAAGGGUAUAAAAUGUUCCAUACGCCUCGAGACUCUGGUCAUCGUGGGGGAGGUGUUGGCCUCAUUUUUAAAACAAGUCUUGAUAUUCGUGUUCCUGCGAUUGAUGAACCAUCCACCAUGCCGAAGUUUAAAUCUUUCGAACACUCGCAUCAUCUCUUGAAGAUUAACUCUAAAUGGAUAAGGAUUAUUAACAUCUACCGUCCUCCACCAUCCAUCACAAAUGGCCUUACUACUGCUCAGUUUUUCUCYGAGUUUKAAAUAUUCAUGGAAUACCUAACAACUCUUCCUGGWCAGAUUCUCUUACUAGGCGACGUCAACUUUCACUUAGAGGAUACUUYUAAAAAACAAACAAGAGAUUUUUUAGAUCUAAUUGAUGCCCUGAAUCUCGUACAGMUYGUAAACAAGCCAACACACCGACUGGGACACACUCUGGACUGUAUUAUAACUGAACAGAAUUCUAACUUAAUAGAUAACAUCCAAGUGUACAGUCCAUGGAUUUCUGACCACUGUCUUGUAGCCUUCAAUCUUUCGAUACAAAUUCCUUCAUUAUGCUAUAAAUCCGUUACUACUCGAAACUGGAAGUCUUUAAACCUGGAUCAACUCAAUUCUGACAUUAUGGAUGCUGAUUUCGGAAACUCGUCUAACUCAGUAUCUGAAUGUGUUCGCCACUUUGACCAUAUGCUUVAUAAAUUGAUUGACAUUCACGCCCCAGCGCGAAACAAAACCAUCUUAUUACGUCCACGUGCUCCAUGGUUCACCCAUGAGCUUAGUAUKGAAAAGAGAGAGAAACGCCGCUUAGAGCGAAGAUAUCGCAACACAGGUAAAACUGAAGAUGAGUUACGUUUUAAAGAACAAUCUGCCCGCUACUSYCAACUGCUCUCCAUCACCAGGGAAACGUUUUACAACAGCAAGAUUGUUGAAAACGCAGGUGMCCAGAAGGCCCUAUKUUCCGUGGUAAAUAAACUGCUGCACCGAACGGGUGAGACUCAGCUGCCAGCUCAUGACAAUCUGAAUGAACUUACCAACAGAUUUGCUGAUUUCUUYAUCAWCAAGAUCCGAAACAUACGUUGCGAACUUGGUGAUGCUCGUCCCUACAGGGAGUCUGAAAUUUCUACGGCCGUCCCUUGCAAGUUAACAGCUUUCUCUCCUGUAACAACCAGUGACAUCCAAUCUUUAAUCAACAAGUCCAACAACAAAWGUUGUAGCCUCGACCCAAUUCCGACCUGGUUGCUUAAGAACUGCCUACCAUCAUUACUACCUAUUGUUACUAAUAUUGUGAAUCAGUCUCUUGAAUCUAUCAUGCCAUCGUCUUACAAAGAAGCCGUCUUAACCCYGAUACUGAAGAAACCUKAUAUGGAUCCUGAAAGCUUGAAAAACUACAGACCUGUAUCCAACCUUCCUUACGUCUCAAAACUGAUCGAGAAGGUUGUAUCUAAGYAAAUAACUAGCUACGUCCAUACUAACAACCUUGAAGAGGCGAUGCAAUCAGCCUAUCGUGCGAAUCACUCCACAGAGACUGCGUUAUGCAGACUUCACAACGACAUCGUAUCAUCGCUCGAUCGAAACGAGCGUGUCCUGUUAGUAUCACUAGACCUGUCUGCUGCUUUUGAUACAANUAGUACACUGGUACGAUAG